AUGGUUUUAGCAAAUGCACGUAUGAUAAUGAAUAUUCGUCAAUCAAGAAGACGUGUGACAAAUGGUACAACAGUACCCUCAUCAGAUAUAAAUAUUCCAGUGCCAAAUAUAUCAAGUUCUACAGGAACACAUACGCGUCGAAUGUCAGCACUUGAUCGAAUGUUAUUCUAUAUGAUGUUAGCCAAUGCAAUUACAUUUAUUACAACACAAGUCCCAUUUCAUCUUUUUAUCUGUGUAAAAGGUAGUGUGAAAGGAUUAAAUUCAAAUAUUUCAACAUUUAUACGUGCAGUACUUUUGAUUUGGUCAAGCGUCUAUUUUGGUAUUGCAUUUUAUUUUUAUUGUUUAGCAUCACCAUUAUUUCGUCAAAAAUUUAUUAAAAUGCUGAAGAGAGCGAUUUUUCUUCAAGAAAUAACUCAAACAAUAACACACAGAUCAAAAAUCCAUCAAUGA